GAUUAACAAUUUCGUUACAACUUGUAUAAUCUAAUUACCGAAACCUUUUUUCAGUUUUUUCACGAUGGGAUUGGGAACAGUAGAGGGACUUUUAUGUUAGGUGGUUUGAUAGGUCAACUUCUUGGGACCUCUUUCCAGUUUCCGGAUAGAAUGCGUUGCUACGGGAAUGAUGCCAUUUCCCUCUCCAGCUAUAACUUCGCCGAUGUUAUAGAUUUUUCGCCAGUGGCGUAAAGUCUUUUCGUAACUGGCCAAGGGUAUUUUUAUCAAGGUUUUCUUAUUGUACAGGGUAUAAAUAUGAAGGAACUUUAACACCCCAAUCUAGUUUUGUGAAAUCAGGCAAUAAAUUCUCGAAAAGAUGUAUUUUGGAAACUGUUCAAUUCAAAAUUUUAUUAGCCAUUAUGAGCAUACCGUGGAAUUGGGAUGCAAUGCCGAAGACUCCCGAAGAGGGAGAAGCUAAGGCUCGUGAAUGGGCGCUUCUUGCUACCUCCAAAAGGUGUAGGGUGCAUAGAAUCCCCAUGAAGUUUUAUAGUAGCCGGACACAUUGUCGCUUCAGAUGCCCUAAAAGGGGUUGCAAUGUGGAGAUUUCCGAAGGCAUCGGCAGCUUUUUCGAAGAAUGCCGUUUGAAGAUGCAUAUUGCGAUAGGAUUAAUGUAUUGCUUCACGGGAGAUUGGAGCUACAAAGAUGCUCGUCAUGAGCUUCGGAGUAGGUCGGACGAGGCUGGUAGUGCGGAGUUGAGUCCGGGAACCAUUGCCGCGUGGUAUUUGAUUUUUUUGCAUCUUUUCAUUCAUACUGAAUUUAUUAUUGUGACAAUAUAAUCAGGUACCGUUACUGUCCAGAAAUGGUGGUCGAUCACUUCUCGACUCUCCAGCAAAGCCAACCGAAGA